AUGGUGUCAGUCCGACUGAGCAGCAGCGACGGCAGUCCCUUACGCCCUGCUAGCUGGUGGGUUUGCAGCUUCACGAAGGUUGACCAUGCUUUCACCAUGCGUUGUGGGUUCCUUUUCUCACGACAAGAAGGCAUAGUGUUCGUCGUCGCUGCGGAGCCGAGGACAGCUGGUCCUGAUGGAGAUGUGGCAGUGGGUGCUGGCGGUUUGAAGGAGGAGGGCCAAGAGCCUUCAAAGGAGUGGAAGGAGGUUUCAAAGGUGGAAUCGUUUAUCUUGGAUCAGGAUGAUCUUGAAAACCCUAUGUUGGAAACAGCUUCUAAACUGCUUUUGUCAAGUACUGCCGACGGUGCUGACCUGAGAACAGUAGAUCCAGAAACCCAGGCAAGAUUAGAAGCUUUACUUGAAGCUGCAGGAAUAGGUAAGCUGUCUACAGCUGACGGUAAAGCAUUUGCAGAUCCUGAGGUGCUUCGCAGACUGACUUCUUCGGUCAGUUGCGCGUUGGAUGAAGCUGCCGCUGCACUUACCCGGAUGAGAGCAGAAAGCACAGCAAAUGCAGGGCAGACGGACAACCGCAGCUUGGCAGAGGCUUGUUCAGAAGGAGAUGUAAACGCUGUGCGCAAGUUACUAAUUGAAGGACGAAGUGUGAACGAGCACACAGAAGAAGGGGAAAGUCUCCUUUGUUUAGCCUGCUCAGCAGGAUAUUAUGAGCUUGCGCAGGUUCUUCUGGCAAUGCAUGCUAAUGUAGAGGACCGUGGUAUUAAAGGAGACAUAACACCUUUAAUGGCUGCUGCUAAUGGUGGACAUGUCAAAAUUGUCAAGUUGCUGCUAGCUCAUGGUGCUGAUGUGAAUGCACAGUCAUCAACAGGCAAUACAGCCCUUACAUAUGCCUGUGCUGGAGGCUAUGUAGAUGUUGUGAAAGUACUGCUGGAAUCGGGCGCUAGUAUUGAGGACCAUAACGAGAAUGGUCACACUCCUCUGAUGGAAGCAGGAAGUGCCGGCCAUGUGGAAGUGGCCAGAGUGCUGUUAGAAAAUGGAGCAGGCAUAAAUACGCAUUCCAAUGAAUUCAAGGAGAGCGCACUUACGCUGGCUUGCUACAAAGGGCAUCUAGAAAUGGUGAGAUUUCUGCUGGAAGCUGGUGCAGACCAGGAACACAAGACAGAUGAAAUGCAUACUGCUCUCAUGGAGGCUUGCAUGGAUGGCCAUGUGGAAGUGGCAAGAUUACUUCUUGACAGCGGCGCUCAGGUGAACAUGCCUGCUGACUCUUUUGAGUCUCCGUUGACUUUGGCGGCCUGUGGCGGGCAUGUCGAACUGGCAGCUUUGUUAAUUGAACGUGGAGCUAACUUGGAAGAGGUAAACGAUGAAGGAUACACACCGCUAAUGGAAGCAGCUAGAGAAGGCCAUGAAGAGAUGGUGGCACUGUUACUUGGUCAAGGAGCAAACAUCAAUGCGCAAACGGAGGAGACGCAAGAAACGGCAUUAACUCUGGCUUGCUGUGGAGGCUUUUUGGAGGUUGCUGAUUUUCUUAUUAAAGCAGGAGCUGACAUAGAACUCGGUUGUUCCACACCUUUGAUGGAGGCUGCUCAAGAGGGUCAUUUGGAGCUGGUUAAAUAUUUAUUAGCUGCAGGGGCUAAUGUGCAUGCAACAACAGCAACAGGUGACACAGCACUGACAUAUGCCUGUGAAAAUGGCCAUACUGAUGUAGCAGAUGUCUUACUUCAGGCAGGCGCAGAUCUGGAGCAUGAAUCAGAAGGUGGAAGAACUCCUCUCAUGAAAGCUGCAAGGGCAGGUCACGUUUGCACUGUUCAGUUCUUGAUUAGCAAAGGAGCAAAUGUGAAUAGAACCACAGCUAACAACGAUCACACGGUAUUGUCGCUGGCCUGUGCUGGAGGUCAUUUGGCAGUUGUGGAGUUACUGCUAGCUCAUGGUGCUGAUCCUACACACAGAUUGAAGGAUGGAUCGACUAUGUUAAUAGAGGCAGCAAAAGGUGGUCAUACCAGCGUGGUUUGUUACCUUCUAGAUUACCCAAAUAACUUGCUUUCUGCUCCUCCGCCUGACGCUACUCAGCUGACCCCACCAUCCCAUGAUUUAAAUAGGGCUCCUCGUGUACCAGUGCAGGCGCUGCCCAUGGUCGUCCCACCCCAGGAGCCUGACAAACCCCCUGCUAAUGUCGCCACAACCCUUCCCAUCAGAAAUAAAGCUGCUUCUAAACAAAAGUCCAGCAGUCAUUUGCCAGCAAACAACCAGGAUGUACAGGGUUACAUCACCAAUCAGUCUCCAGAGAGCAUUGUAGAAGAGGCUCAGGGCAAGUUGACAGAGCUGGAGCAGAGGAUAAAAGAAGCCAUAGAGAAGAAUGCUCAGCUGCAGUCCCUGGAAUUGGCACACGCUGACCAGCUCACCAAAGAGAAGAUUGAGGAGCUGAAUAAAACGAGAGAGGAACAAAUUCAGAAGAAACAAAAGAUUUUGGAGGAACUGCAGAAAGUGGAGCGAGAGUUACAGCUGAAAACUCAGCAGCAGCUAAAGAAGCAAUAUCUAGAGGUAAAAGCGCAAAGAAUUCAGCUCCAGCAGCAGCAGCAGCAGCAACAGUCUUGCCAGCAUCUGGGACUACUGACUCCUGUUGGGGUAGGAGAACAACUCUCAGAGGGAGACUAUGCACGAUUACAGCAAGUGGACCCCAUCUUGCUUAAAGAUGAUACUCAGCAAGCUGCUGCGCAGACGGGUUUUGCACCAAUUCAGCCUCUGGCGAUGCCACAAGCUUUGCCUCUGGCAGCAGGUUCCUUACCUCCAGGGUCCAUCGCAAAUCUUACAGAACUGCAAGGUGUUAUAGUUGGACAGCCAGUAUUGGGCCAAGCACAACUAGCAGGGCUGGGGCAAGGAAUACUGACAGAAACACAGCAAGGGUUAAUGGUAGCCAGCCCUGCUCAGACGCUCAAUGACACGCUGGAUGACAUCAUGGCAGCUCUAUGGCAAGAUGAGGGGCGUGUGCCUGAGGAAAGGCAGGUGUCCGAGAAGGUGUUAGCCCAGAGGUGCAGAGGUGUGGAGCUCGUCCUGCCUACGCUGCGAGAGUUAUUGGAGUACGAUAAUG